AUGAGGUCCGCUGUCUUAUUCGCGCUCUUGCUCGCCCCUUCCAGCGUCCUCGGCCUGUUAGACGUCAAGCUCAAGGCCAAAGGUAAAAAGUACUUUGGCUCUGCGGCGGACCCCAACACCAUCUCAGAAAGCAACGUCAAGACGAUUCUGACCUCGGAUUAUGGAGCUGUGACCCCUGAGAACAGCAUGAAAUGGGACGCAACGGAAGCGUCGAGAGGCACUUUUACUUUCACCAAUGCUGAUGCGUUGGUCUCGUUUGCGACGAGCAACAACCGACUGAUUCGUGGCCACACACUUGUUUGGCACUCUCAGCUGCCGUCCUGGGUUUCGGCCAUCACAUCGGCCUCAGAUCUCACCUCGGUGAUUCAGAACCACGUCACCACACUCGUGAGCCGCUACAAGGGCAAGAUAUACGCCUGGGACGUCGUCAACGAAGUCUUCAACGACGAUGGGACGUUCCGCAACUCUGUGUUCUUCAACUUGCUGGGCGAAAACUUCAUUGACAUCGCGUUCAAGGCCGCGCGCGCGGCGGACCCCGCAGCGAAGUUGUACAUCAACGAUUUCAAUCUUGACGGGCCGGGAAAGAAGAUCAAUGCGCUUGUCGCACUCGUCGGGCGCCUGAAGUCGCGCGGUGUGCCGAUUGACGGGAUCGGCUCUCAGUCUCAUCUCAUUCUCGGCCAAGUCGGAGGCGUCCAGGCACAGCUGCAGGUCCUCGCGAACACGGGGCUCGAUGUGGCGCUCACCGAGCUCGACAUCCGCAUCCCGAAGCCCGUGACGAGCGCGCUGCUAAGCCAGCAGCAGACAGACUACAACACCGUCACCAAGGCGUGCCUUGCCGUGAGCAAGUGCGUCGGCAUCACCACAUGGGGUGUCAGUGACAAGGACUCGUGGGUCAUCAGCACGUUCCCGACGUUCGAUGCUCCGCUGCUCUGGGACGACAGCUUCAACCGCAAGCCGGCCUACACCGGUGUCGACAGCGCGCUGAGCUGA